CCAAGUUUUUACCCUCUUUCAGAGUUGAAGUGAGGAAUGAGAAGACACCUAUCAGCCUUUUCCCUGAGGCAUCAAUGGUAUUGGUACUAGUGAACAAUACCCAGAUAUAUCUGCAGAGAGGGCACCAUGGGAGGGUCUUGAUCGAUGGUAUAGCCCUGCACCUCCCUGUUCAUUUGAAAAGCCAAAGAAUUGCCAUUUAUCAACAUGGAUUUUAUGCUGUCUUAACAACUGAUUUUGGUUUAACCGUGAGCUACGACCUGGCACACAGCCUCUUUGUAACCCUUUCCUCUAAAUACCAAGGCCAUGUAUGUGGGAUGUGUGGGAAUUUCAAGAGAGCCAAUGACAAUGAUUCUAGCAUGCAAAAUGGCUCCCUAGCAAAACACUCCUUGGAUCUUGCUAGCAUCUGGAGUUUACCAGCUAUCACAGGUAGCAUAGUGCCUCCUAAAUUGGAGAAGGAACGUCUCAUCCAGUCCAAAUCCAUGUGCUGGAUCAUCCAGAAUGCCGAUGGGCCAUUUGCGUCUUGCCAUUCUGUGGUCAACCCCAAACCUUAUUUAACAAGUUGCAUUUUGGAUGUCUAUGCAUCAGCUGAGGAUCACAGGAUCUUGUGCCUCUCCAUUCAGACAUAUGCGGCAGCCUGCCAGAGAGCCAAUGUCACCCUUAGGCCUUGGAGGAUUGAAUCUUUCUGUGAUGCGGAUUGCCCAGCCAACAGCCAUUAUGAACUCUGUCAGGAGCCCUGUCAGGGUUUCUGCAAUGGAGCCACAUUUAGACAUCUCUGCAGCCCCCUGUGCUCUGAAGGAUGCGUCUGUGAUGCAGGAUACCUGUGGGGUGGAGGCAAGUGCAUUCGGCCUGAGCAAUGUGGCUGUGAGCACAAUGGCCAUUACUACAAUGUUGGAGACCUUCUCUGGCUUUCUCAUUGCACGAAAAGAUGCAGCUGUGACAAUUCAUCUACCUUUCACUGCAUCCCAGCCAGUUGUAAUCCUGGCCAGAAAUGUGCAAUUCAGGAUGGAAAGCUGGGCUGUAAGAAUCAGCUGACCACUUGCACUGUUUCUGGAGACCCUCACUACUUCACUUUUGAUGGGGCCAUAGCACAUUUCCAGGGCACUUGUGCUUAUGAGAUCUCAAAGACACCCAACUCUUCCUUGGAUUUCUCCUUCCGGGUUGUGGCUACUAACAAGAAUUUCCGGAAUCUCCGAGUAUCUUUUAUUUACCGAGUGGACAUUUGGCUUAGCUUCAAACAGUUCAGUUCUCAUGUUGUUUUGGAACAAGGAAAAGAUGUGAAGGUUGAUGGGAGACGGAUUAUUUUGCCAGCAAAACUAGAGCACAUGGCCAACAUCACAAAAAGAAGACACAUGGUGACUGUAAAAGCCCAUCCCAAUUUGGAGAUCCAGUACAACAGCCGCCAUGCUUUGUUUGUCCGUGUGGGUCCCGAAUAUUGGGGGAAGCUGAGUGGGAUGUGUGGGAAUUUCAAUGGCUAUCAUGGUGAUGACAAAGUCUUGCCUGAUGGGAAAAAAGCCGAGAAUGAUGCUGAAUUUGGCAAUGCUUGGAUGUCCGACAUCAGCCCCCCCAAAUGCAUUAAUGACACAGGUACCCUUCAACCAUGCAUUAAGCGCCUAGAGUUGGAGCAAAAGUGUGGGAUCCUAAAAGAUCGAUCUGGGCCUUUCUCAGAAUGUCACUGGCAUGAGGAUCCUGCUCCAUAUUACGACUCCUGCAUUUUUGAUCUUUGCCAGUAUGGACCAGGUCAUGAUGUGCUGUGUGCAGCCAUAGAAACCUAUGAGGAGAUGUGCCAGUCUCUUAAAGUGAAGGUGCCCAACUGGAGACAAGAGUUGGGUUGUGAUAUUACCUGCCCGCCCAAUGCUUACUAUGAUUUCUGUGGCUCAGCCUGUCCAGUCACUUGUGCCAAUUACACAGCUCUCACCAAAUGCCCCGAGCCGUGCAUAGCAGGAUGCACCUGCCAAGAGGGGCAUGUCCUGAACUCAGGAGCAUGUAUUCCCCUGGGCCAGUGCGGCUGUAGGCAGAAUGGUCAGGACUAUGCGCUGGGAGAAGAGGUGGUCCUGUCAGACACCUGCAGCAGAAAGUGUUCCUGCAAGCAACCUGGCCACCCUCUGGAGUGCCAGGAGCAUACCUGUGCGCCUCAGGAGAUAUGCAAAACUGUGGAUGGUGUCUGGGAUUGCUAUCCUGUGUCUUACCGCACUAUGCGGGUAUUUGGCUACCUUCAUGUUAUCACAUUCAAUGGGGCCGCCUUUAGCUAUCAAGGAGCAUGCACGUACAUCCUCAGCAAAUAUUGUGGUCCCCCUGGCAAGCUACCUGCGUUCACCAUCCACAUGGUAAAUGUGCACAGAUACUCCACUGCAGCAUCUUGGACUAAGCAGCUUGAUCUGGAUGUCUAUGGGGAGCGCAUCACUGUAAAAGGAGGGCAGGAAGGCAAAGUGCAGGUCAAUGGCCUCUUGAUGAAUCUGCCUGUUAUCCUGGCCUCUGGGAAACUCUAUGCCUAUUACAGCAGAUUGUCUGUCAUCAUUCAAACUGAGUUUGGCCUCUCCAUCUCCUACGACUGGUCUUACUAUGUGUCAGUUUCUGUUCCUGAGACUUAUUCUGGCUCCCUCUGUGGUCUUGGUGGAGAUUUCAGUAAGAACCAUCACCAGGACUUCAGGACUCCCAAUGGCUCUGUGGUUCAGGAUGCAGAUAUUUUUGGCAACAGCUGGAAAAAAGCUGAUUCCCUUUUCUACUGUGCAGCAGUUGGAGUUCCAGCCACAUGCAGUGAAACUCAACUAGCCCUCUUCAGAUCUCAGAACUACUGUGGGAUGAUCAGCAGUGGGGAUGGACCAUUUAAAGAAUGUGGCAACCUUAUAGGUCUUCAGAACCACACUGAGAACUGUGUAACAGACCUUUGCACGACUCAGGGUGCUCAUAAGAGCCUGUGCAAAGCCCUCCAAAGCUAUGCUUGGCAAUGCCAGGCUCAUGGCAUCAACGUUCAGCCUUGGAGGGAAAUUACGGAGUGUGAGUUGACCUGCCCACCAAAUAGUUACUAUGAACUUUGUGGCUCUCCCUGCCCUGCCUCUUGCAGCCAACCAGCUGGUCCUCCAAGUUGCUUCCAAAGCACGUGUGUAGAAGGAUGCCAGUGUGAAGCAAGGUUCGUGCUGAGUGGUAGUGAUUGUGUGCCACGGGAGCAGUGUGGCUGCAGCUACAAGGGACAAUAUUACUUGAACGGGGAAACAUUCUUCCUGGAAGGAGAAGAUUGUCAAAAAAUGUAUCACUGUGAUGGCUCCAUCUCUGUCACUGAAGCUGAUGGGUCCUUCUGUGGCCCUGAACAAUUCUGCGGCACUCAGAAGGGAGUAUUUGGCUGCCAUGCACUGUCAGAUGGCAUCUGUCGAAUUUCUGGAUUUCUCCAUUAUACUACCUUUGAUGGGCAACAGUAUAACUUCCAAGGCACCUCCACAUACAUCUUGGUGGAACUGUGCCCAAUGUCCAAGUCUUUACCUUCUUUCAGGGUUGAGGUGAAGAAUGAGAAGCUGCCCAACAGCUCUUUAUCUGUAGUGUCAAAGGUUUUUGUAUCAGUGAACAAUACCCAGAUAUACCUGCACAGAGAGCAUCAAGGAACAGUCAAGAUUGAUGGAGUGACAGUAAACCUUCCAGUUCAAAUUCGGGCUUUAGGAACCACCAUUUAUCAGCAUGGAUUUUAUACUAUUUUAAAAACAGAGUUUGGUUUAAUAGUGAGUUAUGACCCAGGUCACAAUCUGUUUGUUAUGCUUUCCCCGGAAUAUCGGGGCCAGACUUGUGGUCUAUGUGGGAACUUCAAUGAACUCAUGGAUGAUGACUUUAUGAUGAGAAAUGGCUCUACCACAGAGGACAUACUGGACUUUGCCCUGAAUUGGAGAUCAGAAACUAAUCCUGCGGAUCCUGGUGAAUCGGUUACCUUUAUCUCAGGGUUUGAAAAAGGAGAACAUCUCACUCAGUUUAAAUCUCUGUGCUGGAUCAUCCAGAAUCCAGAUGGGCCAUUUGCUUCUUGCCAUCUCCAGGUUGAUCCACUGUCUUUCUUGACAGAUUGCAUUUCUGAUCUUUAUGCCUCUGCUGGAGACAGUAGCAUCCUAUGUCAUUCCAUUCAGACAUACGUUGCAGCUUGUCAGAGAGUCAAUGUCACCAUCUCACCUUGGAGGAGAGAGGAUUUCUGUGGCCUUGAUUGCCAGGCCAACAGCCACUAUGAGCUCUGUGGGGCUCCCUGCCAGGAUGUCUGUUCACAUGUUUGGGUCAUGCCUCAUUGCCUUCCCAAGUGCUCUGAAGGAUGCUUCUGUGACCAAGGGUACUUGCGUAGUGGGGACAGCUGCAUUCCAGAAGAGCAGUGUGGUUGCGUGUACAAUGGGCUGAAUUAUAAGAUUGGGGAUCGGGUCUGGCUGUCUGGCUGCCAUCAGCAAUGCACUUGUUAUGGCCCCUUUGACUUCCGCUGCAUUGCUGCCAGUUGUAAUCCUGGACAGAAGUGUACUGUGAAGGAUGGAAAACUAGGCUGUCAUUCCCCAUGGGGAACCUGCACAGUGACUGGGGACCCUCAUUACUUCACUUUUGAUGGGUCUGUGGCACAUUUCCAAGGCACCUGCGCCUACGAGAUCUCAAAGACUUGCAACGCCUCCUCUCCCUUCUUCUACCGGGUUGUGGCAGAGAAUCGACAUCGGGGAAACCCUUGGGUGUCUUUUGUAACUCGAGUGGAAAUCUGGUUGAAGAGCAGCAGACUAACCUUUCAUAUUGUCCUAAGGAGCGGUCAGAUUGUGGAGGUCAAUCAGGAAAUGGUGGAACUGCCGCAUGCCCUGGAGCUCAUGGGCUCCAUUGCCAAGAUCAAAAAUAUGGUGAUAAUAAAGUUAGCAGCAGAUGUAGAAAUCCAUUAUAAUGGCCAACACACUCUGUUCAUCAAAGUGGGACCAGAAUACCAGGGGAAGCUAUGUGGAAUGUGUGGGAAUUUUAAUGGUAUUCCAGAGGAUGAUAAAGUGCUACCUGAUGGAAGCAGAGCCCGGAAUGAUUUGCAUUUCGGCAAUGCUUGGAAAACAGAGACCAGCCCAGUAGGGUGUUUGGAUGACAGUUCAACCCUGGAGCCCUGUGAAAAUCUGCAGGAAUAUGAAGAGUUCUGCGGGAUUUUGGUCAGCCAGAUGGGACCCUUUGCUGAGUGCCACUGGCACGUGGAUCCUUCCCCAUUUUAUUUGGCCUGUCUGUAUGAUUUGUGCCACUACGGGAGAAAUAAUAACAUGCUGUGCAUCAGCCUUGCAGCUUAUGAGGAAAUGUGCCUCCUUCAGGGGAUUCAGACCCCAGGCUGGAGAACUUCCGUUCAAUGCCCUGCCACUGACCCCUGCCUUGACUUAGCAUGUGGAGACAAUGAAUGGUGUGGGGAAAAGAGAGGAAAUUGGGGUUGCUUCUGCUACAAAGAUUAUAGCCCCACCAAAAAGGCUGACUAUGAUUACCACCUCACCUGUACUAGCAGCAAAAGUAUGGUCUCUCUCUCCCGUUGUCUCCUUUUUACCGAUGGAUUCCCUGCGGAGAGACUCCACCUGGCUGAUCUGACUUGUACCAGCUCAUUAGUAGGAGACAGGCUCAUCUUCUACUUCGACACGGUGCAGAAAACCUGUGGGACACAAGUAGAGGUAAAUAAAACCCACGCUAUCUACUCCAACAUAGUGCAGGGUCAUCUGGAGAACACCUACGGUGGGAUGAUCAGCCGAGACCGGUUUCUUUUCCUGCGCUUCUCCUGUGCUUUCCCACUGAACAUCAACCUCUCCAUGGCAUCUGUCGUCCAUCCCAUCCAUGACAUCAUUAACGCAACCAUCACCUCUGGCCAAGGAAACUACCAGACCAUCAUGACCUUGUACCAAGAUCCCCAGUACAGCAAACCUUUUGCCCAGAGCCCUAUCUUGCUCACAGUCAAUCACAGAGCCUACGUGGGCAUCCAGGUUUUGGGAGCUGACCCCACCCGCUUUGUGAUCACUUUGUCCUCGUGCUGGGCCACGCCAGACAGAGAUCCUUCCUCCAGCAUUCGGUGGGAUCUCAUCACCAACCAGUGUCCCAACCCUCAAGAUGACACAGUAGAAGUUGAGGAGGAUGGAGUGUCCCUUUUGGGGCGCUUCUCCUUCAAUGUUUUCAUGUUCAUUGCAAAUUUGGAAGAGGUGUAUCUACACUGUCGCAUCCGCCUCUGCAGCUUCCGGAUGGCCAAAUGCACAGUGAACUGCCAUUCACCAGGCUCUGUGAUUGUGGGAAGGAGACCUCCAUCAGCCAUCAUCUCGGCUGGCCCUUUCUUGAAAUACAGUAGCAAUUUUCUCGAUCAAGGACUUCAGCUGGCCAGUAGAAACUGUACCCCGUCACCCUUCAUCUUCCUAUUUCUGUUCCUCAGCACUGUGGUGACCUGCUGGAUUCCAUGCUAACCUCUUAUGCUGAGAAUAUGGCUUACAGAUGGAUGGAGAUGUCAGACUUGAGGCCCACCAUUCAUGGAGAGACGCCAUGCUGGUAGUUUUUGGUCGAAUCAAGGAUAGGUAGAGAGCAUUAUAACUCAGGGUGUGGAAAAGUUCUGGACUCAGGAGUCAUAUUUAGACAUGGCCUUGGUUGCUCUUUCAAGGGCUGUACGAAUGUAUAAUUUCAGUUGUGAAGUACACAAAUCAUCUUUUUCUUCCCUCUGUUCCUCCAUGCCAUUCCAUGCUUUUCACAGCUUUUAAUGUUCCUGAUAGAGCAAACAUGCACACAGGAGAUCAAACUGCACUCCUCCAAUUGUGAAUAGUUGCUCACUUUAAGCUCACUUGAAUGGCAGCACCAUGGUGGUUACGAGAAUAAAAUCCA